CUGAUACAUAAGCAUUUCCUUGCCGGGCUGCCGAUUGCUUGCAGGCUUCUUUAGAAUUUGCUUGAUUGCGAGGGUCUGAUUCUUGGAUGUCUAGAGAAUUGUUGCACGUGUCGCGUGCGAUAGACUCAGCGGAUCUGAUUCAAACUCCCCAUCUCCCUACCUACCUUCUUUUGACCUCAUCGCAUCGCAUCUCAUCUCAUCCCAAAGUUCCGUCCUUCAAAUGAAACGCGAUAACAUCGAGCAACCGCAAUGAAGAUCCCACCACAACCAGUCAAAGCCCUCCACGGCGAUCCACGAUGGUCGUACAUAUCGCCGCUUGCGUCUUGGGCGCCUGUCAUCGUGCUGUCACUUCUAGGGUUGUGCAUCAUUCAGAUUUGUCUAGGGGCAGUUUGGAUUAGCAAGAUGAAAGGGGAUUUGAAUUUUGCCUUAGUCCUUCAACCUCUUGUUCUCCCCUGCCUCUCCCUCUUCAACACCGUCCCCUCUGCACACCUGCACCUCUACUCCCGAACCAACAAUCCCCUCCUCGCACUCUGGUUCUCUUCUAUAAUGGCUCUACUCUACCUCGCAUCCGCUCUCAUCGACAUUGCCGCCUGCGCUGGCUCAACCCUCCGCUCCGAAUGCCCAUCCAGCGCAAAUCACGGCACCACAGGGCCCAACAUCAACCAGAACAUGUGGAACGCGAGCGUUGGGCUAUGGAUAGUGAGUUUUGUGGGAUAUGCUUUAUUGGCGUAUAUGGCCGCCGCUGUAUGGUGGGGAUUUCGGAAGAAGGAGAAGGAGGGGGGUGAGUUGGAGUUAGCUGAGGAUGAGGUCGGCGGCAGAAGUGGAAAUCCUAAUCCGACAAUUAGGACGAGGGGGAUUGGGGAAGGGAGGAGAGUGCGGGACUGGGAGGAAGAGAUGUUGACGGAGGAUCAGAGGGCCGAGCGGUUAAGGAAGGCAGAGGAGAAGUGGAGGAAGGUGCUAAAUUUGUAAAACUCUAGUGGGAUUGAACCACGCAUGUGAGACUGUAGAUAUGUGGAGGUGUAUUAUGUAGUGUGGUCGCAUCUAACCGCAUCCAAAUGUUCCUUUCUGCUUUGCACCACGGUCAGCUCUAGCAGUAGCCAG